GCGGCGGGCGCGGGAAGCGGCGGGCGCGGAGCUGCGGGGAGAGAUCGAGAGGGAGAGAGAGACUGAGGGGGGCUGAGGGGAUCGAGAGGGGCUGAGAGAGACUGAGGGGGAUCGAGAGGGGCUGAGAGAGACUGAGGGGGGCUGAGGGGAUCGAGAGGGGCUGAGAGAGACUGAGGGGGAUCGAGAGGGGCUGAGAGAGACUGAGGGGGAUCGAGAGGGGCUGAGAGAGACUGAGGGGGACUGAGGGGCAUCGAGAGGAGCUGAGGGACAUCGAGAGGGAGCAAGCGGGUCUGAGGGGGACUGGGAGGCACCGGGAGUGACUGAGGGGCACCGAGGGGCACUGAGAGGGGCCGAGGGGCACUGAGAGGGGCCGAGGGGCACUGAAAGAGACUGAGAGGCAGCCGCCGCCAUGCACGUCGUGAAGCGAGACGGGCGCCAGGAGCGGGUCAUGUUUGACAAGAUCACCUCCCGCAUCCAGAAGCUCUGCUACGGCCUCAACUCCGACUUCGUGGAUCCCGCACAGAUCACCAUGAAGGUGAUCCAGGGGCUGUACAGCGGGGUGACCACGGUGGAGCUGGACACGCUGGCCGCAGAGACGGCGGCCACGCUGACCACCAAGCACCCCGACUACGCCAUCCUGGCCGCCCGCAUCGCCGUCUCCAACCUGCACAAGGAGACCAAGAAAGUCUUCAGUGAUGUGAUGGAGGAUCUCUACACCUACAUCAACCCUCACAACGGGAAGCACUCCCCCAUGAUCUCCAAAGAGACUCUGGACAUAGUUCUGGCCAACAAAGAUCGCCUGAACUCUGCCAUCAUCUACGACAGAGACUUCUCCUACAACUACUUUGGCUUUAAGACUCUGGAACGCUCCUACUUGCUGAAAAUCAACUCCAAAGUGGCUGAACGACCCCAGCACAUGCUGAUGAGGGUGGCUGUGGGCAUCCACAAGGGCGACAUCGAGGCGGCCAUCGAGACCUACAACCUGCUGUCGGAGCGCUGGUUCACGCACGCCUCGCCCACGCUCUUCAACGCGGGCACCAACCGCCCCCAGCUCUCCAGCUGCUUCCUGCUGUGCAUGAAGGACGACAGCAUCGAGGGCAUCUACGACACCCUGAAGCAGUGUGCCCUCAUCUCCAAGUCUGCUGGGGGCAUUGGCCUGGCUGUGAGCUGCAUCCGUGCCACAGGCAGCUACAUUGCUGGGACCAACGGGAAUUCCAACGGGCUGGUGCCCAUGCUGAGGGUGUACAACAACACCGCGCGCUACGUGGAUCAGGGGGGGAACAAGAGACCUGGGGCUUUUGCCAUCUACCUGGAGCCCUGGCACUUGGACAUCUUUGAGUUCCUGGACUUGAAGAAGAACACAGGGAAAGAGGAGCAGCGAGCCAGGGACCUGUUCUUUGCUCUCUGGAUCCCUGAUCUCUUUAUGAAGCGGGUGGAAACCAACCAGGACUGGUCCUUAAUGUGCCCAAAUGAGUGUCCUGGCCUGGAUGAUGUCUGGGGAGAGGAAUUUGAGAAGCUCUAUGAGAGCUACGAGCGGCAGGGCCGCGUGCGCAGGGUGGUGAAGGCCCAGCAGCUCUGGUACGCCAUCAUCGAGUCCCAGACCGAGACUGGCACCCCCUACAUGCUCUACAAGGACUCCUGCAACAGGAAGAGCAACCAGCAGAACCUGGGCACCAUCAAGUGCAGCAACCUGUGCACAGAGAUCGUGGAGUACACCAGCAAGGAGGAGGUGGCUGUGUGUAACCUGGCCUCCAUUGCCCUGAACAUGUAUGUGACCCCUGAGCACACCUAUGACUUCAAGAAGCUGGCUGAGGUCACCAAGGUCAUCGUCCGAAACCUCAACAAAAUCAUUGAUAUCAACUACUACCCUGUGCCAGAGGCCGAGCGCUCCAACCGGCGGCACCGCCCCAUUGGCAUUGGUGUGCAGGGCCUGGCUGACGCCUUCAUCCUCAUGAGGUUCCCCUUUGAGAGCCCCCAGGCUCAGCUGCUCAACCAGCACAUCUUUGAGACCAUCUACUACGGGGCCCUGGAGGCCAGCUGUGAGCUGGCCAGGGAGCAGGGCCCCUACGACACCUACCAGGGCUCCCCGGUCAGCAAGGGGAUCCUUCAGUAUGACAUGUGGAAUGUCACCCCCUCUGACCUCUGGGACUGGAAGGCUUUGAAGGAGAAGAUUGCCAAGUACGGUGUGAGGAACAGCCUGCUCAUCUCCCCCAUGCCAACAGCCUCCACUGCCCAGAUCCUGGGCAACAACGAGUCCAUCGAGCCCUACACCAGCAACAUCUACACACGCAGGGUGCUCUCAGGGGAGUUCCAGGUUGUGAAUCCCCACCUGCUGAAGGAUCUCACAGAGAGGGGCCUGUGGAACGAGGAGAUGAAGAACCAGAUCAUCGCCCACAACGGCUCCAUCCAGAACAUCCCUGAGAUUCCUGAUGACCUGAAGCAGCUCUACAAGACUGUGUGGGAGAUCUCCCAGAAAACCAUCCUGAAGAUGGCUGCAGACAGAGGGGCCUUCAUUGACCAGAGCCAGUCCCUGAACAUCCACAUUGCUGAGCCCAACUAUGGCAAACUCACCAGCAUGCACUUCUAUGGCUGGAAACAGGGCCUGAAGACUGGCAUGUACUACCUGCGCACCAAGCCCGCUGCCAACCCCAUCCAGUUCACCCUCAACAAGGAGAAGCUGCGUGAGAAGGCGGCCAGGGAGGAGGAGGAGAAGGAGAAGGAGAGGAACAAGGCAGCCAUGGUGUGCUCCCUGGAGAACAGGGACGAGUGCCUCAUGUGUGGCUCCUAAGGGACAGUCCCCCUGCAGCUGCUGGGACGGGAGCACCUGGAUAACGUGAGGAUGCUGGGGCUGGGAGGGGGCGAGCAUGGCUUUAGUGGCUGGGCUUCCAGGGGGUUCCAUGGAGCCCUGCAGGCAGCAGGGGGACAGGGAGGUGCUGGUGCCCCUCCCAGCUCUGUGCUGGGCUCUCCAGACUGUGCCUUGCAGUCACCAAAGGCUGCUCCUCAUGUCCCUUUUCCUUGGCUGAGAGCCCCCAGGUCGGUGUGUUCAGUGUCCAGCUGACACCUGCAGUGUCCCCACCCUGCCAGAGUCUCCUCCCACUGCUGCUCCCUCUCCUCCUCCCCUCUGGCCUUUCCAGAAAGCCUUUGGAAGGAGCAGAUGGGUGGAAGGGGUGUUGCUGCCUGGACUCUUCUCCCUCAGUGCCAGGGCAGAGCCUGGCACUGGCUGAAUGUCCUGCAGUGAGGCAGGAAGGGCAGAGCUGCUGCCCUGCAUCCUAUUCUGCAUUAAACUCACUAAUUCAGUCUAAUUGCUCAGGCAGUUUCCUGGCAGGGGCCUUGGCCACACGUCAGGUGCCACCUUGUGAGGGCCACAUGCCAUUGGUGAACGUCACCUGCCAUCUCUUCAGGGAGCUCCAUUUUUCCACCCUGGGUAGUUCUUAGAUCUUUUAAUCCUCUUAUCAAUGUACUGCUCCUGCACUCACUCCCUGCUGGAACUCAACAGGGUUUCAGGCAGUUCUGCAGUAUUUAUUGAACUCGUGAACCACACCCCAGCCCGAAUCCAAACUCAAUAAAACGUGGAAUGUCAAAGGGA